CUUAACAAGUUCAGUUUUAGUUUGACUCUAAUUACUUUAUUAUGGCACUAGGAAUGUUGAUUUUUGUGGUGUUUUCAGCACUUUUCAGUUUUUCUUACGCCGCCAACAUAAGAAUUGUCAAUGGUACGGACGCCAGAGAAGGAGAAUUUCCAUAUGCAUCUACUUCGUUAUUCCAGGCUUCUCUGAGGCACACCGCAAGGCACGUGUGUGGAGCUACCAUUCUGGACGAGAGACACGCACUGACUGCUGCCCAUUGCGUUUGCGAGGAACGUUGGCCUCUAGACCCCACUUUCUAUUCCAUCCAGUAUGGAUCGAUCCACAUAUCGGAAACGUUCCAGAGAAGUGUGCAAGUGGCCAAGAUUUACUGCAAUAACUUCAACGUGGUGAGGCUGACCUACGACGCAGCUGUCUUAGUGUUGGCGCAACCAUUGUCACGGGAUUACCCUUGGCAACCAGUUACACUGUACAGAGAUUUCGAUACAAGAGUCGGACAUCGAGGAGUUAUCAUUGGAUGGGGUAGAAUAUGGCACAAUGGACCGAUACCGUCUGUUCUUCAAAAAUUGGAGGUGGAAAUUUACCCUGAUUCAAUUUGCGGACGGCUUUUUGAAAUAACCCAACAUGUUUGCUUUGGAGCACCUAUUGGAGGAGCUUGUAAUGGUGAUUCAGGCACAUCGCUCAUGGUGGAAGGCAAGCAGGUUGCCAUAGCCUCCUUCAUCACAACCACUUGUGGAACAGCCAACACGACGCACCCGAACGUUUAUUCCAAAAUCACGGCGUCCCUCGAUUUCAUAGAUAAUAUCCUUAAUUCGUCUUAAGUACAUUUAUUUGUACGAAUAAAUAUCUUUUAAAAAAU